CUCAUCUGUGUGUUUUAAAGGUCUGCGGUACCGCUAGCCUACAGUAAAGAGAAAAAUAGAGAAAUAUUUAGAGUAAUGGAGAAAAAUAUACCUCGAUACAACGUUCAGUUGUAUAUUUAUGACCUUUCCAGGGGAAUGGCUCGCAACCUUAGUCCAAUUAUGUUAGGUAAACAGCUGGAUGGUAUAUGGCACACAGCUAUAGUUGCAUAUGGUGAUGAAUUCUUCUUCGGAGGGGAGGGCAUCUCCAGCUGUUCACCGGGAGGGACUAUGCUGGGGCCUCCAGAUACGAUUGUAGAGCUGGGCGAAACUGAAGUGACUGAAGAGAUCUUCAUGGACUAUCUCUCUUCUCUUGGAGAAACCACAUACAGAGGUGACAGGUAUCGUCUGUUUGAGCACAACUGCAACACUUUCACCAACGAGGUGGCUCAGUUCCUGACUGGCAGGACCAUUCCGUCUUACAUCACAGACCUUCCAUCAGAGGUCCUCUCCACACCGUUCGGCCAAAUCCUUCGACCAAUCCUGGACUCCAUUCACAUCGCCCCUCCAGGAGGUAACGUCAUCAACGGUGGAAGAAACCUCUAACCUGCUCAAAGUUCUCUAGGUCACUUUACUUGUUGUUGAUCAUGUUGAAAUUUUGUUUCCUAUUUUUGUUUCCCCUUCUUUGGAAAUGAACGAACCCCUACUUAAGAAGGAAAUAGUUUCGCAUUGUAUUAGAUUUUACAGUGUAUGGGUUACAUGACACUAAAUGCGACACCCUUUCCUAGUUCCGAGAGAUAUGUUGAUUUUGCUGUUUCAUUUUUAUUCACCCAUUCAUAAUUUGAGAUCAUUAAAUAUAUUUUACCAUCAGACAAAGAUAACCAGAGUAAAUAAAGUUUUUAAAGGAUGAUUUAAUUUAUGAAAAAAGCAAUUAAGUUUGAGAAGGUAAACCUAAGUGUAUUGCUGUGCCAUCCUUGGAGGCACCACCUGUUUUUAUUACCAUUUCUGAUGAGGAGUCUUUUAUGACAAUCUUAUUUGAAGAAUUGUUUCAGCCUCAGAGAAAGGCUUUAAAGCAGAUGUGUUAAACUUUAUUAUUCAUAAAAAAGACUUGUUAAAUACUAAAGUAGCUAGAUUGUUAAAUAUAAAUUGCAAUGUUUUAUAUAAUCUCCAUCAAAAAAUCAGAUUAGUUGAAGGAGAGAUCACUUUUGUUGAGAUAAAAUUAUCAUCUUCCUUUCCAAGUCACAAGGUUAGGAGAAAAGAUUGGGAAGGUACGGGGCAUCCUAUUUAGAUGUAAUGAUAAUGUAGUUAGUCUUUUAAAGAGUCAGGUUUGAUAAAAUGGGGCUUAUGUCGUAAUUCGUGGCUUUAGGAGUGAGUAGGCACAUGGUGAGUGAGUAGGUUGGACAUCAUGUUAUAUUUCUCUGCUAAACUUAGAUUAAAUAUAUUUAAGUCUUAUUUGAAAGUCCGUCCAGAUAUUCCUGCUCUAUGUUCGAAGAGAAAAAGCUACCUUCCUGGGAAAAAAAGAAAGGAGAACUCAAAAGCAACUUAGGAUUGAGAGUCCAGGUCCGGCCAUAAGCUGUACUAAACGCUAACCAGUUGGGAGAAAUAUUUAGUUUUGAUUGUUUUCAGAUUCCUUAACUUAAGGACUUCAAAAAAGAAGGAAAACAAAGCAACAAAAGAAAAGAUACCAAACCAUAAAUAUAGAGCAUUCAAGCUAGCCAGCAUGUAGAUGUGUUUUUACAACAUGACUGGAAAAGAGGUGACUAAAAGAGCUAGCAGGAGUAGCGUUUAAGGGGGACCCAUUAUGGUGAUGGAACAGCAAAUAAAGAUUUCAUGGUUUCAUUAACUGUAUCAUAUCUAGUUAUACCUGUCCAAUAGCAGCCCAAGACCAUCACCCGUUAAGUUUUUAGUUCUUUAUUCUAACACGUGGAUGUACACCAUCCAAAGGUUCCACUUUUGUCCAUUAGUCCACAGAAUAUUUACUGAAAUAUCUUUAGUAUUAUUAGUUUUUAUUAAAUGUGAGAUGGCCUUUUCUUUUUAGUCCGCCAUGGUUCUUAUUCUACGGGUGUGGCAGGGAUGCUGCCUUGGUGUGAUUGUUGAAAUGGAAACAAUGAAAUAUGAGUUAA